ACACAGGCAAAAGGGCAAGAGGAAAGCACCAAGGAGGUGAGUGGCGGAUUUACCCUCGGAGGGGUAAAAAGAUGACUGUGGUGUCCCAGGAGAACCACGACGACACUGUGGUCGUAACUCCUUUGUUACAAGAUGCUGCUGACUUGGAACCAGCGGACCAGGAGUGCAGCGAAAGGGUGGUCAUCAACAUCUCGGGUCUGCGUUUUGAGACGCAGUUAAAAACACUCUCCCGCUUUCCGACCACGCUUUUGGGAGAUCCGCGUAAAAGGAUGCGCUUCUUUGACCCGCUGAGAAAUGAGUACUUCUUUGACAGGAACAGGCCGAGCUUUGAUGCUAUUCUCUAUUAUUACCAGUCAGGAGGGCGGCUUCGGAGGCCCGUAAGCGUACCUGUGGAUAUUUUCCUUGAAGAAAUUAAGUUUUAUGAACUUGAGGAAGAGACAAUAGAGAGUUUCCAAGACGAUGAGGGCUUGGCGAGGGAAGAGGAACGCCCGCUGCCUACUAACGAGUUUCAACGCCAGUUUUGGCUCCUGUUUGAGUAUCCAGAGAGUUCAGGACCUGCACGGAUAAUUGCCAUUGUGUCAGUCAUGGUUAUUUUAAUAUCUAUUAUUAUAUUCUGCAUGGAGACGUUACCCGAGUUUAGGGAAGUCUCUGUAGUGUACGACAAUCCCGCCAAUGGGAGUGCUCACGGCAAAGCGCACAGUCCGUUCACAGAUCCGUUUUUCAUGGUGGAGACACUUUGCAUUGUGUGGUUCUCUUUUGAAUUCACCAUGAGAUUCCUCUCCUGUCCCAGUAAAGCAGCUUUCUUUAAAAACAUCAUGAACCUGAUCGACGUUGUGGCCAUAGCUCCUUAUUUUAUCACCCUGGGCCUUGAUCUCGCAGAGCAUCAGGGCAGCAGUCAGCAGGCUGCGUCAUUGGCCAUACUGAGGGUCAUCCGUCUGGUCCGUGUUUUCAGGAUUUUUAAACUUUCUAGACACUCCAAGGGUCUCCAGAUUCUCGGCCAAACGCUUCACGCAAGCCUCAGGGAGCUGGGACUGCUCAUAUUCUUCCUAAUAAUUGGAGUUGUUUUGUUCUCCAGUUCUGUUUAUUUUGCAGAAGCAGAAGACCCCGACUCUGGAUUUUCAAGUAUACCUGAUGCGUUUUGGUGGGCUGUGGUGACAAUGACCACCGUUGGAUAUGGAGACAUGUAUCCCUCCACCAUCUGGGGGAAAGUUGUUGGAUCUUUGUGUGCCAUUGCCGGAGUGCUAACCAUAGCUUUACCUGUCCCAGUUAUAGUGUCAAAUUUCAAUUAUUUCUACCACCGAGAGAACGAGGACGAGGAAAAUGUUCAGUACAUACACGUGACUUGCGGACAGCAGCAGCUCUCCUUUGGUGAAUGUGAUUCAAACAAAAGUAACCAGUCGCUCUCCAAGACUGAGUCCUAUCAGGAAAGCGACGACUUGGAAACCUUGACACUUCCAAACGUAGACCCACUGGAGACAUACACAGGGAAACUGACAGAUGUAUAA